AUGAACUUGAAUUCCAUAAAUGAACUGAUUGAACUGAAUGAACUGAAUAAACUGAAUAAACUGAAUGAACUGAAUGAACUAAAUGAGCAGAAUGAAUUGAAUGAACUGAAUGAUCUGAAUGAACUGAAUGGACUAAAUGAGCAGAAUGAAUUGGAUGAACUGAAUGAACUGAAUAAACUGAAUAAACUGAAUGAACUGAAUGAACUAAAUGAGCAGAAUGAGUUGAAUGAACUGAAUGAUCUAAAUGAACUGAAUGAACUGAAUGAACUAAGUGAACUGGAUGAGCUGGAUGAACUAAAUGAAUUGAAUGAACUGAAUGAACUGAAUGAUCUGAAUGGACUAAAUGAGCAGAAUGAACUGAAUGAGCUGAAUGAACUGAAUGAACUGAAUGAACUAAGUGAACUUAAUGAGCAGAAUGAACUGAAUGAACUGAAUGAACUGAAUGAACUGAAUGAACUGAAUGAACUGAAUGAAUUGAAUGAUCUGAAUGAACUGAAUGAUCUGAAUGAUCUGAAUGAUCUGAAUGGACUAAAUGAGCAGAAUGAACUGGAUGAACUGCAUGAACUAAGUGAACUUAAUGAGCUGAAUGAACUAAAGUUGAACUGCAUGAACUGA